CAUCCUGGUUUUGAAGAGGCCAACAUAUCUGCAGGUUAACGCUUUUCCUGUCAAUUUCAGUUCACACAUACGCUCUCAUAUGCUCCUCUCGUGGGAUAAAUAGUAUCACUACACGCCCACACUCUACGUUAAAUAAUUACGUACCAUCAUGGUAGGCUACUGUCCGAUCUGUGGGAAGCCCGUCUACUUUGGUGAAAAGAAGAGGUCCUUAGGGAGGGACUACCACCCUCUGUGUCUCAAGUGUCAAAAGUGCAACAGACAGCUUACAGCUGGACAGCAUGCUGAGUAUGAUGAGAGGCCAUACUGUUCACACUGCUACCUGAGGAUGUUUGGUCCGAGAGGAAACAGGUGACUGGUGUCUUCAUGUCACAGUGCAGCUACUCCAC